AUGGGAGAAGGCUGGUGGCUGGAGGAAUUGUUCUGCUGCCCUGCCAUUCCCUUCUUGUGUGACUGGCAGCGCAUCCGCCAGGUGACCCCGUGCGAGUGUCCCUUGUCAUAUGACGGAUGCGUGUCCAGCCCCGAAACAGGAGCCUGCAUUCUCCUCGGGUCACGGACAGGGAGCCACGUGCGUGCUCUGCCAUAUGUUGACACAUUUAUUUCCCAAACACUAAAAGGAGAAAAUCUAUCCAAAAGAGCAAAAGAUAAAAGGGAAGUUCUUCUUAAGAAGAUAAAAGAUGUUAAGGCAAGUUACCCUCAAGAAUUCCAGGAUAAAGAAGUGGAAGAUGAGGAAGAGUCUGAGGGCUCUUUUCCUUCGCCUCCUGAUAGUGCCUCAAUAGCAUCUGACCGAUAUGAUAAAGAGGAUGAAGGACCUUCUGAUGGGAAUCUGUGUCCUCCUAUUGCAGCUCAGGAUCUUCAGUUUGUUCUGAAGGCUGGAUACCUGGAAAAACGCAGAAAAGACCACGGUUUUCUUGGCUUUGAGUGGCAGAAGCGUUGGUGUGCUAUCAGUAAGACGAUCUUCUAUUAUUAUGGAAGCGACAAAGACAAACAACAGAAAGGUGAAUUUGCCUUAGAGGGCUACACCAUCAGAAUGAAUAAUAGCCUUCGAAAGGAUGCAAAGAAAGAUUGCUGUUUUGAAAUCUCUGCUCCUGAUAGGCGCAUUUAUCAGUUUACAGCUGCCACUCCCAAAGAAGCAGAGGAAUGGGUACAGCAAGUCAAAUUUGUAAUUCAAGAUACAGAAUCUAAUACUAUUCCUGAGGAGGAGGAAGAGGAAUAUGAUGAUGUUGGGCAAGUGAGCAGCGAACCAAUAGAUGAUAGCAUUUAUGAAGAAGUUAAAGAAGAACGUGUUCUUUCAAAGGCUGAAGUGCCAAGAAAACUGAGCCAGGAGAAAGUUACCACUGUUUCAGAUGGCAAAAAUACCGAUUAUGCCAAUUUCUAUCAAGGUUUGUGGGACUGCACAGGAGAUAUACCUGAUGAGCUGACAUUUAAACGUGGUGACGUUAUCUACAUUCUCAGCAAGCCCUACUCAAGAAGUCAAUUUGCAGAAACAAAGAUAACU